AUGAAUACCAACAUUAAAUAUCUUAUAUUUGCACUGAUAUUUAUAUCUUGUGCUCAAAUCAUAUGUUUUAAAAUACUUGACAUAUCGUCAAUUGAUAUGACUUUUAUUCAAGUCAAUAUGGAAGAUUUUUAUGGUAAUUUGACUGUACAGACAAUAAUACCCAAUUCUAUUUCUGAUAUUCGCUUAGUCGUAUACGGUUCUCACAAUGUAUGGUCUUCUUUUAAACAAUACGAAACUCUUUCUUUGAUUAAGAUUUACAAAUUGUAUUUUGAACCGAAAUUAAUUUUUAUUGUUUUUACACAUAACGGUUACAAUUAUUUGAAAUUUUAUGCGAGGGAGGGUUCUGAUUGGGAAGAGAUAUCACUUGAACAGUUCAAUUCAUGUUUUAAUGUUCUUAGAAGGACUAGGGUGUUCAAUCUAUCAACUCCGUUUGACACUGAUACUUUUAUGGUUCAACGCCAAGUUUAUUCAGUAUUACCAGCCUACAUUUUCACUCCGUAUAAUAUGUUUGAUGUUGUUAUGAUUGGUGAUUUUGAUCACAUAAUUUGGUCUAGCACAAACUUAACUGAUAAAUGUAUUCGUAUUAUAGUUCAUGGUGAGUUGGAUAAACCCUCAUUACUUAAAAUAACCCUAUUGCGUAACAAAGGAGAUGAAACCGUAAAAAAUUGGCCUGAAGAUAGACAGCUUCAGCAGGAGAUAGCUAUGAAAAGACAUUUAUUGAUGGAAAUUGAAAGGAAAAUGUAUCUUUCAAAAAAAAGACGUACUUACAGUAGAAAAGGUAAGGAAACAGGUGUUCGAAAUCCAUACCGUCAGCGUCCUAAUUUUGGACCUGAACUUGAUUUUAGUGGAAAAACACUUCGAUGUGGAUCGUCUAUACAUCUUUUAUCUACUGAUAGGCAGGUUCUAGAUAGCCAAGAAGAUAAUGUUCAAGAUGGAGAACAACACUAUGAUAAACAAUCAGAAGAUUCAGAUAAAUCUAAAGAAACUUCAGGUGAUUCAGCUGGAGAUGAAAUGAUAAAAAAUAUUAAGAAUAAAAUGCAUGAUUUGACUACAAUGAUUAACUCAGUCAAAAAUGAAAUUAAUAUUCUUGGAAAUAAAAUUGAAAAUUUGAAAAGAGAGGCUGAACAAAUAGAUAUGGAAGAGGAAGAGGAGGAGGAAGAAGAAAAUGUUCAACAUGCUCCUGUUUAUGAAAUUAAGAUAAAUGAAGAAAUUCUUAUGCAAGGGCUAAUAAAAAUGGAAAAAAUUUUAAAUGGAAAAAGAAAAGAAUUGAAGGACUUACAAAAUAGGUUGUCAGCGUUAGAAAUGAUGCCUUGCAGAGCGAAUGAGGAAGCGAUUGAUGUUGAAAAUAUGAAGACUAGAAUAAGAAAGAAAAUAAGAUUAACACAAACGGAAAUUUAUAAGCAUCAAUACAACUGUGAACGUCAAAAAGCACUGCUUGAGUAUGAAAGGAAAAUGAAUAGUCAAGAAUCCAAUUUAGAAAAUACAGAAGUUGUUGAAAAUAGAAAAGGUAAUAAAAAUUCUAAAGAAAAGAAGAAAGUGCUCAUGAAGCAAGCAUUAGAGCAAAAAAUUGUUUAUUUACAGGGAGUGUUUGAGACUAAAGUAAGACGGCUCAAUAUACUAAAUUACGAACUAAGGAAAUUAGAUGAGGAAUGUUUAGAAAUUGAAAGAUUGGAAGUUAAGAUAAAUUUAGAAGGAAAAAAAGAAGAAAUUAUGAAACAAAUUACUGAAGUUAAAUAUAAAAUAAAUCAUUAUCAGAAAUUACUCGAUGAUUCAGACGAGUCGGAAUAUAAUGAAGAAUUAAAAAAACAGAUAAUGUCAAGCAAUGAAGAACUUCUAAAAUUACACGAAUAUUUAGAAAAAUUGGAAAAAAUUGAGUUCGAAAUUCGAAAAAAAGAGGAAAAAGAUGUAUAUAAAAUUAGACAAUAUAUAAACAAUCAAACGGAACAACGAGCAGAACCACAACAACAACCUGUACCAGGACCUCAAUAUGUUGAAUUACAACCAAUACAACAACAAAUUCCACAACCUGUACCAGAACCCGUACAACAAAUUCAACAGCAACAACCUGUACACGAAACACAAUCACAAUCAGAACCCGUACAACAACAACAACAACCACUGAAACAACCUGUACCAGGACCUCAAAAGAAACAACCUGUGCUGGAGCCAGAAGUAGUGACUAUAAGUAUUUCUGAUGAUUCAGAUGAGGAUGAAGUACAAGAAACUCAAACUCAACCUGGACAGGCGCAAACUCAACAACAACGACCACAGGCACCUCAACCGGCUAAAUAUCAACCGCCCCAACAACCUGUAUCAGGACCUCAACAACUUCAACCUCAGCCAUUUCAACAACGACAGCCUCAGCCAUUUCAACAGCCAGGAAUCGGAUCUUAUUAUGAACAUUAUCGGGGUUAUACAUCUAAUAAUAACACUCAAUCUCAAAGAACACAACAUAAAUCCGGAAUAGGACAACGAAAAGUACGAAUGCAGAAUUACACACCAGUUUAUAAACAAUUAAGUAGGGUAUCAAAAACCAGCAAACAUAGUUCAACAAAUGGUAAAAGAUCUGAUCAAGCUAGAUCACAACAAGAUGUAGUUGUAAAUCAGCCGAGAUUAUUUAGACCAUAUUUAGAUGAACCAUAUCAACCACAACCAAAACAACAACAACAACAACAAGUUCAACAUAUUCAACAACCAUAUCAACCUGGAAUGGGAUAUCAUUCAUUUGGAAAUUAUCGUCCUUAUCAAGCUCAACAACCAUUUCAGCAGUAUCAACCUCAACCACGUUAUCCACCACAUCCGUUUCAACCACAAGUUCAACAACAUCAUCCACCUCAAUAUCCAUUUCAACAUCCUCACCCCUAUCAACCAAUUCAACCACAAUAUCAACAAUCUAGUCAUCAACCGCCUCAAUAUCAACGACAACAUCCACCACAAUAUCCAUUUCAACCAAAUCAGCCACAACAACAAACAUAUCAAUCUGGACCGGGAUAUCAACCUCAAGUGGUAUCACAAGAAGGAAUAACACAUCCACAACAACCAAUUCAACCUAUUCAACCACAUCAGCCUAUUCAACCCAUUCAUCCAUAUCAGCCAUAUCAACAUCCAAUUCAUCCAUAUCAGCCUUAUCAGCAACCAACUCAAACACAUCAGCCUCAUCAACUGCAUUCGCUAGAAUCAGGAGCAUUUACACCAUAUCAACAUCAACAUCCUGAAACAUAUCAACCUAUAUCUCAAUUUCAAGACCAGGAAACUACUUUUGGAAGAAAAAGAACUAGAACGGACGAGAGCGAAAAUGAAGAAAUACUAGGACAAAGAAGCAAAAUACGUAGAGAAAAUGAAGAGUCUACUUCAACUGAUGAUGAAAAUUUUGAUGCAAAGGAAAUCUCAGAUAGGACUUCAGAAUGUUCUGAAAUUGAUGUUGUAAAUGUAGAACCUGAAACUCAACAAACCGGGGUACAAUUAUAUGAAAACGUGUCGAGUGAGUCUUCAGAAUUUAUACGUAAUAAACCUACCAAAGAAAGGACUUGUAGAAAAGAACUGACCAAAGUCAGAAAAGUUUCAUUUAAAGUUCCAUCUUAUGUGUUUCCUUUCCCACCAGGACCACUAAAAUCACCUGUCGAAAUUAUACAAGCAGAAUAUACGUCUCAAGAAGAAAAUAGUGAAAAAACUAAUGAGGAACAAAAAGGUGAGGAGCCUCCAAAACCGCCAACUGGACCAUAUGAUGUAACUAAUAAGGAAGAAGGAGAAUGGAUAGAAGAUAGAUAUUACGGAAAGAUAAGAGGAAGAUGGAUAAGAAUAAAUAAAAAGAAAUAUGAAGAUAGAAUAAAAGAACUAUAA